AUGUCUACUGCAGCAGCUCAUCACGUCUACAUCAAAUUCUCCGAGCUCAACAAGCCAAAGGUAUACUUUUCGGGUAGUCGCUUGAGAAUGAGGUCCAGCAGAGUUUUUGCGGCAUUAUCUGUCACCGAGGAUGUUUCGAAUUACAUACCGGCAGCUCCGAUAUUACUGCCUGAAGGGCCAUGGAAUCAGAUUCCAGGUGGAGUUACAGCUGCAAAGGGUUUCAAAGCUGCUGGGAUGUAUGGCGGGUUGCGUGCAGUUGGAGAGAAGCCUGAUCUUGCUCUCGUCACUUGCGAUGUAGAUGCCACAUCUGCAGGUGCAUUUACUACUAAUGUGGUUGCAGCUGCACCUGUGCUGUACUGUAAGCAGGCCCUUGAGAAGUCCGCAACGGCACGCGCAAUACUAAUAAAUGCUGGUCAAGCGAAUGCAGCAACGGGUGAUGCAGGUUACCAGGAUGUUAUAGAAUGUUCCCAUGCCCUUGCUGAGUUGAUGCAACUGAAGCCAGACCACGUCUUGAUAGAAUCCACUGGUGUGAUAGGCCAACGUAUUAAGAAGGAGGCUCUUCUCAAGUCACUUCCAGACUUGGUAAAUCGUUUAUCAUCAACUGUUGGCGGAAAAAGAGUAAUAGUUGGUGGUAUGGCAAAGGGUUCUGGUAUGAUUCAUCCUAACAUGGCUACCAUGCUUGGGGUCAUAACAACUGAUGCCUUGGUUACAAGAGAUAUUUGGCAACAAAUGGUGCGAGUUGCUGUAAACCGUAGUUUUAAUCAAAUUACUGUUGAUGGAGAUAGCAGCACUAAUGAUUGUGUUAUUGCUUUGGCUAGUGGCCUUUCAGGAACAAAUGAGAUCUCUUCAUUAAACAAUUCUGAAGCCGAACAUCUGCAAGCAUGUCUGGAUGCUGUAAUGCAAGGUCUUGCCAAAUCAAUAGCUUGGGAUGGUGAAGGAGCAACAUGUUUGAUUGAGGUUAAUGUGUCAGGAGCUAGAAACGAAACAGAAGCAGCAAAGAUCGCCCGAUCCGUGGCAUCUUCUUCAUUGACCAAGGCAUGCCCCAAUAUGGAUCCAAAUUGGGGCCGUAUAGCUUGUGCAGCUGGUUAUGCAGGAAUUCCUUUCAAUCAAAAUGAACUCCGAAUAUCACUUGGCGAGAUUCAAUUGAUGCACAAUGGACAGCCAUUGCCUUUUGAUAGGGCUGCCGCUAGUAAUUAUCUCAGAACAACAGGCGAGAAACAUGGAACGGUUGUUAUUCAGAUUUCCAUUGGUAAUGGUCCAGGAAGUGGGCAGGCAUGGGGCUGUGAUCUCAGCUAUGAUUAUGUGAAGAUAAAUGCUGAGUACACCACAUAA